UGAAGUGGUGGUAGAACAUGACCUGCAUUGAAGAUCUCUUCACUAAACAUUUCAAGCAACCGUGUUUCAUGCCAUUUAAAAAAAUCAUGGUCUAAUUUCUAGAUUGAAGGUAUAAUUUGAUGAUUCUGGUCAUGAGAGGGGGAACUUUUCUCAUCGUUGAGAGAACUAUCCUGCACUUGUCCCACAUACCUUAAAGCUGUAAGAAUAUAUAAAGGGUGCUGGUACAGAAGAACAGAUCAUGAGACCAAACUUAAAACAAUGGAAACAGCCAGUGCUUAUCAUGAGACCAGCCUUGAAACAAUGGAAACAGCUAAUGCUUAUCGGAAUGUUUGUUUGGGCUGUACUCUUCCUUGGUCUCUUUGUCUACUUCUUGGGAAAAGAGAUGGUUGGUCAAGCUCCAAGCGCUCUCACUUAUGUUGAGAGAAAGGGCUUGGCAUCCAUUCAGGGCAAGCAGAGGGCUAUAAUGGGUGCAAAAGUCGAAGCAUCAUUUUCUGAACGAGCAGAAGAUACCAACAGUUUCCUUUUCAUUUAUGAAAUGACAGACUCAUUUAGUACAGGACACAAAAGCUUUAAGCCAGAGGUUGAAAUGCGUACACUUUCAGAUGAAAAGAGACAUUUUAAUGAAAAUGCUGCUGCUGCUGGUCAGCCGAAAUUGCAAAGGAAAAAUAAAGAACAGACAAAGUCUGUGUUCAAGAAAGCCGAAGGUCUUCUUGAGCACAGAAAAACUUCUCAAGAGUUUCGCAAAAAGAAAAGAGAGCAGGUAGAUGACUCAUUGCAUUUGGGUGACUACGCUACAAAAUCAGAAUGUAUAUUUUGUAAAAUGUUACAUGUUGAUUUUCCGUCUAAGAUGCUGAGCCCUCGUCUUCAGAAAGCAAUGAGGGCAUACCUAAAUGAUAAUAGCCAUGGGGUAAAAUUUAAAGGCAAACGGAACUCCAUGAAAUUAAUUGCAAAUGAGCUCCUAUGUGAACUGAAACAUUGGGCAAAAGUCCGAACUGUUGAUGGGAAGGAUCCUCCCUUUUCACUACUUGGAUGGGAAAAACAUGUUCCCAGAAUUCCUUUGACUAAUCAACAUCCACAUGGCUUUAGACAUUGUGCUGUAGUUUCAUCUGCAGGAGCUCUUUUAAAUUCAUCUCUUGGGAAAGAAAUAGGUAGGUACACCAUUAAACAAUACAAAAUUAGUUUCCAAGCAGUAGAUAAACAUGUUUUGUUAAGGAUAUUCAAACUUAUUACUACUAAACUAAAAUAG